ACUAACUCACCUAGGUUGCUGUAGGCAGACACAAAGCCACUCAGAAGGGAGACUGGCUGCUUCUUUCAAUUGGAAUACAGGAUUACUGUUCCUGGGCAGAUGUCUUAACUGUAGAGGCCAAGGAGAGUCGGGUCACAACAGUUUAACAGACAGCCGCCAUCAUUCCGUGCUGCAAGGGUGACCCCAAAAUGUCUUCCAACGGUGAUCUGCAAGACGUUGGGAGCUGGGACAGCUUCUGGGAGCCUGGGAACUAUAAGAGGACGGUGAAACGCAUUGACGAUGGCUACAAACUAUGCAAUGAGCUGGUCAGCUGCUUCCAGGAGCCCAAGAUUGAGAAGGGCUAUUCCCAGCAACUGAGCGACUGGUCCAGGAAAUGGAGGGGUGUUGUGGAGAAAGGCCCACAGUAUGGGACUCUGGAAAAAGCCUGGCACGCUUUCAUGAAUGCGGCAGACAGACUGAGUGAGAUCCAUAUGGAACUAAAAGAGAAACUGGUUGUUGAGGACAGCGAAAAGAUUAGAAACUGGCAGAAGGAUGCCUUCCACAAGCAAAUGAUUGGUGGAUUCCGUGAGACCAAAGACGCCGACGAAGGCUUCCGCAAGGCCCAGAAACCAUGGGUCCGCAAACUGAAGGAUGUGGAGUCUACCAAAAAGAGUUAUCACCAAGCCCGGAAGGAAGAGCGCACUGCAUUGACUCGUGAAACUCAUGCCAAGGCUGACCCCACCAAAUCCCAAGAUGAGGUCCGCAAGUUCACAGAUCGCCUGGAGAAAUGUACCCAGGAGGCAGAGAAGGCCAAGGAGCGUUAUGAGAGAGCCCUGGACGAGCUGAAUCGCUGUAACCCGCGUUACAUGGAAGACAUGGAGCAAGUGUUUGAAAUCACACAGGAGGCUGAAAAAAAGAGGCUCUGCUUUUUUAAAGAAGUGCUGCAGGACAUACACCAGCACAUGGACCUCUCCAGCAAUGAUGGAUUCCGAGGCCUGUACCGAGACCUCAGCCAGACCAUCAACGCAGCCAAUGACUCGGAGGACCUCAGGUGGUGGAGGAACACCCAUGGCCCCGGCAUGAGCAUGAAUUGGCCCCAGUUUGAGGAGUGGUCACCUGAAGCAAACCGAUCCAUCAGUCGGAGAGACCGAAACAGUCGUUCUGAUGACGUGGUCACUCUGACUAAUAUUGUGUCAGCCGGAGAUGAACCCCCGAAGACGCCGCAGGACACUACGAGAGCGGGUAAAGACUACUCUUCAGACUGGUCUGAUGAAGAGAGCCCCAAAAAAUACAUCGCAGCCAACGGGGUGGACGAGGAGGAGAAGGUAGUCGGGGUUCACGUAAAAGCGCUGUAUGAUUACACAGGGCAGGAGGCUGAUGAGCUGAGCUUUAAAGCAGGUGAAGAGUUAAUGAAGCUGGGUGAGGAGGACGAGCAGGGCUGGUGUAAAGGACAGCUGUCCAGCGGAGAGGUAGGCCUCUACCCUGCUAACUACGUCCAAGUCAUCACAUCCUGAUCAGCCGCUCCCCGCUCCGGACCAGACCCACACCUUCACCGCGGGGCAGCCGCGUGGAGCACACGGCCUCACACCCGCGCCAUGGACCGAGCGCCACGACACACCGGGAGAUCAGAGAGAGCGCGCAGAUCAGUGUUUUAUUCUUUGUUUUUCGCUGACACGCUAGAGGACUUUGAGAUUUUAGUUAGUCCCCCCCCCCUUUGCGCUUAUUGAAAGAUCAGUGCCUUUAUUGUACAAUGCCACAGACGUUCACGGCACGGCUAUUAAAGUUGCGCACGGCCCGAACGGACCGUUUGUAUGUCUGGAUCACUUCGCUCGCAGUCGCCACUGUUGGGUUUGUUUCGAUUAGAUAAUCAUUAGUUUUUGACGUUUCGUUCGCGUAUGAGAAGCAUUUGAAGUAUUUGGUCAAAUCUUUUGGCCGACUUUGCGUAUUCAGGUUUUCGAGUCUUUCACGAGAAGCGUGUCAGUGUGUUCGUAUGUUAGGUUGUUCUAGUGAAACCGAGCCUUUCUUCGGCCGUAGUUCGGAAGCGAAGGAUUCUUCAUUGCAUACUUACCUUUAUGUUUUCACAGAGAGAUACGGAUUUAUGAUUUAAAAAAAACUAUCACCGGGCAGAUUCUCGUAGUCGCCCUUUUGGAGCCGAAAGGAUUCGGGAAGAGAUUUCGAAACCUUUUGGGAUCGUUUUACUUUUUUUAAUUUAUCUUUUCGUUUUUAUUUGGAGCGCAGGAAAGUUUCUGUUGUCCAAUGAGAGAAAGCGUAAGAACGGGCAGAACCUCUGGACUCCUUGAUAAGGUGCUCGUGGGAGAUACUUCCCUGCAGUGCGCCCUACAUGAGACUACUGUAACGGCCAAUACUAAUCAAUGUAAAAAUACCAAAUAAAAGUGAAUGAGAUUCGUA